CGCGGAGGGCCAGGAGAAAUCCCAGUGGCCAAUCGUGCUGCACUACUGGGACCAGGUCGUUCAGGGGCAAGACGAGCAACAGGCUGGAGACCCGGUUGUUGAGCACGACCGUGAGGGUCUUCCUAAGCGCAAGCUCCACGGUGAUUAUUUGCAGACUAGACCUCCAGCACGCAGUGGUGGGUUUCUGUUCUCCCGCGGAGACGAAGAACACGUCGAAGGGCGGCAGGAGAAGGAUGGUAAAGUAGACCGCAGAAUCUGCGGCCGAAGCUUCGUCUCAGAAGGCGGUAAAAUGCCAAAAGAAAAACACGACGUGGUUUCCGGGCCGCCGCAGCAGCAAGAGGCUCCUGGCCUCCACUUUUUUCCUCUCGACGUGGCCGACGCGUGCCAACCCAUCGCACAGGCGUGCUACUGCCAAACCAGCCUUUGCCCGCGGUACGUGUGCUACGAUGGAAUCACGAUGGAAGCUGUCGAUGAGUUGCUUUCUUUGUUCUUGAAGGGAGACCACGACCGAUCUGCAACCCAGAGCACCCGGCGCACGGCAGGUGGAAGUAGACCUAGACGCAUGCUAGAACAGAAUCUAGAAAUACUUACACCAGCGGAGCGCAAGCAGCUCUGGAAUCACGUGAAGAGCUAUGUCGAAAGUGCUUCCUACGAGCUCCACGAUGUUCGUGCGCAAAUUGUGAAUAUCGUUGCAAGUGGGAGUGCAAGUGCGGGAGCGCGCCCGCACGACAGCAGCACUUCGGGUGUUGGUCUACGACGAAAAGACGGGCCGCGCGGGAAAAGAUCCGCGACCAGCGCGGCCCCGGGGCCCGAGCAGGCUCGCACACAACAGCAUGAGAGUUUUAGUGCCCGGGUGCCCCCUGUAGUGGACAUGCGCCUCCACACAGCACUGGACAUCGUGCGGGCCCGCGACGGGCUGGAACACGCAUUGGGGAUUUUUUUCGAGGAAUUGUUCGAGAUUUCUUCCGCAAGAACCCCGAAGAGCUGCACCUACACGAGUUCACGUGGUUCGGCCACUUUCAAGCCGAAGAAACUCGGAGGUUACAACGGCCGAAGACACCGCAAGUGUAGAGGGAACUAUCCUCGUCGUGCCAUGAACUAUUCGUCUCCGUCGCAAGAGAGACGUCUCGCCACCACGGAGCUCGAACUGAUGAAACGACAAGACCCAGAAUUUGAAACCGUCUGUAAAUCUGGCGCCGGCACCAGCACGCCUGCUGAGGAAAAAAGUCUUGCCCAAGUGAUCAAACGCCAAAAGAAACGGCGACGAAGGCAUUUUCAGAAGACCGGUGAGCAUAUCAGCGGACACUUUUUAGACCGCGAAUAUAGAAGGAGCAAACAUAAAAAAACCACGAGUAUCGGGGCCGUGGUCGCCUCUAGUUCAUCAACAUCAACAGAUUCCGCACGACUACAGGGUGAUUUGUUGCAAAAGCCGUCCUCUGGACCGGAACACGGGCGGCGACCGACAGAAGAUGACGGAGGGUCCGAUUCGGGCGAAGGAGAUGAACUUGCAUCAAGUUCAUCCUCAUCAUCCAACGAAGAGAACGAUGUGGAGGACGCGACGCGCAGCCCUCUGAUGUCAUCCGGCCCGCCAAUCACUGUGGAGGCGCUGCUAUCCCAGCCAGAAUCGGCAUCACUAGCACCAUCAAUAUGUUGUUAUUUGUCAUGCGCAGUACAAGUGGUUCACGCAGCAUUUUUUUGAUGAAUUCCAACGUACAUUAUAUUAUGCUGUACUUCAUUGCGUGAACGGCAACGCACCUUUGCAAAGGACAAGAGUGGGAGGUCAUGUUGGUGAUGUGAAUUAUCAUACUUGCUCCUCCGGUUUUACGGUAGGCUGAAGGAGACCGCUAUGUGGCACCAGCAUACGGCCCGACGUGUGGUUCCCUGCUGCAACCCAGGCGUUCUGGAAGCGCUCGGCUACUCCGAAGAGGACAUUAGGCUUGUGCGAGAUCGGGCUGGUCAGCCUGCAGGUCGAAAUACGGAGAGCAGCGGAUCCUCGUCCGGCGGAGAGGAAAGUGAGACGCACCCAGAUUACCAGCCUUCAGAAGCCACUCCGUUCCUAGGCACUGGAACUGCUGGUGAUCGAUGUUCUUGGGGGAAGUGCACGAAGUUUGAGCCGCGCUACUCGUUUCGCGGUGGACAAAGUCGCGCCAUGCCUUCGGGAAUGGUGCCUCCACCCGUGUUUGCGCACGUGCGACUGCGCCCUAACCACGCUUGUCUACUUGUAUUGCGGCCCCUUUAUUUGUGCCAGUACUUGCGUCCGACCCGACACCGCGGCCGAUUUUUUUUCAGUAGCGGAUGCGAAAUGUUGCUGCUGUCUCGCCGGCCCGGUAAGCUCUUCCUGGGCCCUCUGUACCAGCGACGCCGGCGGGGAGCCAAGGGCCCCGGGCUGCUGCAGGUGUAG